CAUGUGCAUGUGUCUAUAUAGUUGUGGAUGGCUUAUCUCUAUUAUGACUCAUUAUCAUCUACUAUUGUUAGAAAAUUGUUCAUACAAAACACCUGUAUACUUAAUAUGUCUUACUUGUAAUUUCUACCAUAUGAGAGGACUCUUGUCUGGAACAUUUUCAUGAUUCUAUUGAGCCAGAGUGAAAUUGCAUUUCUUCUAGGUAUCCAUAUCAACGUGGGAAGAAGGACAUUCUAAUCCAAGGCGGAAUUUUUCUAUAAGCAUUGACCCAUCAUCUUCUAUUUUGAGGAAUCCAUUUUCUGAAAAGAAAUGGAGAAAGUUUCAAUUAUCAAGAAUAUUUAGCAGCUCCAAUGCGAUGAUAAAGAUGCAUGUAAUUGAUGUGAAUUUAUAUUCAGAAGGAACUACAGUCAUUGAUAGAUGGCUUGUUGCACUCAGCUUGGGUUCUGGGCAAACCAGAAAUAUGGCUCUUGAUCGGAGGUAUCUUGCAUACAACUUGACUCCCGUUGCUGGAAUAGCAGCACUUAUAUCCAGCAAUGGCUAUCAUGCCAAUGAUUUCUCAAGGAGCUCAAUUAUGGCCCCUCUUCCUUUGUCUGGUUGUAUAAACUUACCUGUCACUAUCAUAGGUUGUUUUCUUGUGUGUCACAAUACGGGUCGUUAUCUCUUUAAAUACCAAGACAGAGGGGCUUCUACUCAGGGACACUUUGAUGCCGGAAAUCAAUUAAUUGAAUCUUGGAACAGAGAGGUGAUGUCUUGUGUAUGUGAUUCCUAUGUUGAAAUGGUUUUGGAGAUUCAGAAGCUAAGAAGAGAUAUUCCAAGCUCAUUAUUUGAUUCGAGUGCCUAUUCUGCAAUCAGUCGCUCUUUGAAGGCUUAUGGAGAUCAAAUCUACUCCUUCUGGCCUCGAUCUUGUGAGAGGAAAGUUCUGAUUGAUCAACAAGCUAAUCAUGAUGACAACCCUCCAAGUCCACCAAGAGUUGUUCUUAAAGCAGACUGGGAAUGCCUUAAAGACCGGGUAAUACAUCCAUUUUAUUCUCGUAUUGUUGACCUUCCAGUAUGGCAGCUGUACUCAGGAAAUUUGGUCAAGGCUGACGAAGGCAUGUUUCUUUCACAGCCGGGGAAUGGAUUGAUUGGUAAUUUGCUUCCAGCUACAGUUUGCAGCUUUGUAAAGGAGCAUUAUCCUGUAUUUUCAGUACCGUGGGAAUUGGUGACUGAAAUCCAAGCUGUCGGUUUUUCAGUGCGAGAAAUUAGACCAAAAAUGGUUAGGGAUCUCCUAAAGGUUUCUUCAAAGCCAUUUACUCUGCAAUCAGUUGACACGUAUAUAGAUGUUCUUGAAUAUUGCUUGUCUGAUUUUCAGAAAGCAGAGUCAUCCACCUCAGCCAAAGAUAAUGAUCCUGAUACUUCCAAUGCUUUUUCCCGAGAAAUUGAUAUCCACAGAAUCACUUCUUUUCAGCGUAAUAUUCCAGGCUCCACUACUCGGGGAGAAGCCAGUUCUGGAGAUGCAUUGGAAAUGAUGACAAGUUUAGGGAAGGCUUUAUUUGAUUUUGGUCGGGGUGUUGUUGAGGACAUUGGUAGAUCAGGAGCACCUGGGUCUUACAGUAAUGCUAUGACUUCCAUUGGUCAAAGUAGGGACGAAAAGUUCAUAUUAAUUGCUUCAGAACUCAAAGGCUUACCAUUUCCAACUGGAACUAGCAAUUUAAAAAAGUUGGGCUUAAAUGAACUUUGGAUUGGGAAUAAAGAGCAACAGUCAUUGAUGCUUCCCUUGGGAGACAAAUUUAUUCAUUCUAAACUAAUAGACAGGCCUCUCUUAGGUGGCAUAUUUUCUAAUUUUACCCUCCAGUCUCUAUUAAAGCUGCAAAACUUCUCCCUUAAUUUACUGGCCAAUCAUAUGAAACAAAUUUUCCAUGAAGAUUGGGUGAACCAUGUAAUGGGAUCGAAUAUGGCUCCAUGGCUUUCUUGGGAGAAACUUCCUAGUUCUGGAAGUCAAGGGGGUCCUUCACCUGAAUGGAUUAGAACAUUUUGGAAAAGGUUUAGGGGCUCAGAGGAAGAAUUAUCCCUUUUCUCUGAUUGGCCCCUAAUUCCGGCAUUUCUUGGUAGGCCAGUCUUGUGCCGUGUUAGAGAGCGGCAUCUGGUAUUCAUUCCUCCUCUUUUGGAGCACUCAAAUUCGACAAGUGGGAUUUCAGAAAAUGAAUCUGCUGAAAGUUAUGUGAGUGGUGUUAGGGUGCCAAGGGAUAAUACUUCUGAAACUGACUUAGCAGAGUCCUAUAUUUCAGCUUUUGAAAGAUUCAAAACCAAUUAUCCCUGGUUACUGCCAAUGUUAAACCAGUGUAACAUACCCAUAUUUGAUGAGGCAUUUAUCGAUUGUGCUGCUUCAAGCAAUUGUUUUUCUAUGUCGGGUCAAUCUUUGGGCCAUGUCAUUGCAUCCAAACUUGUGGCAGCUAAGCAAGCUGGGUAUUUCACUGAACCAACUAAUCUCUCAACUUCAAAUUGCGAUGCACUUUUUUCACUCUUUUCUGAUGAAUUCUUCUCCAAUGACUUUCAUUAUACCCACGAACAAAUUGAAGCUUUGCGUUCUGUCCCAAUAUAUAAAACAGUUGUUGGUUCUUAUACUAAGUUGCAAGGUCAAGAUCAAUGCAUGAUCCCUUCAAAUUCAUUUUUAAAACCAUAUGACGAGCGUUGUCUUUCAUGUGCCACUGAUUCAAAUGAAAGUUCAUUUCUUCGAGCCCUUGGAGUGCUGGAGUUGCAUGAUCAACAGAUCUUAGUACGCUUUGGCUUACCCGGCUUUGAAAGAAAAUCUCAGAAUGAGCAGGAGGAAAUAUUAAUACAUAUUUUUAAAAAUUGGCAUGAUCUUCAAUCAGAUCAGCUGGUGGUUGAAGCUUUGAAAGAAACUAAAUUUGUUAGAAAUUCUGAUGAGUUUUCGACUGAUCUGUUGAAACCAUUAGAUUUAUUUGAUCCUGGUGAUGCUAUCUUAAUCUCUAUAUUCUUUGGUGAGAGAAGAAAAUUUCCAGGAGAAAGGUUCAACACAGAUGGGUGGCUUCGAAUACUAAGGAAACUUGGGCUUCGGACUGCUACGGAGGUAGAGGUAAUAAUUGAAUGUGCCAAAAGAGUUGAGUUUCUUGGAAUUGAGUGCAUGAAAUCAGGUGAUUUGGAUGAUUUUGAGACAGACAUAAUAAACAGUCAUUCUGAAGUUUCACCAGAGGUGUGGGCAUUAGGAGGUUCUGUAGUUGAAUUUGUUUUCUCCAACUUUGCUCUUUUCUUUAGCAACAACUUCUGUGAUCUUCUUAGCAAGAUUGCAUGUGUACCUGCUGAACUGGGGUUUCCUAAUGUCGGUUGCAAGAGGGUGCUUGCUUCGUAUAAUGAAGCUAUUUUGUCUAAAGAUUGGCCUCUGGCUUGGAGUUGUGCUCCUAUUCUUUCCAAACAACACACUGUUCCUCCAGAGUACUCGUGGGGGCCUCUGCAUUUACGGAGUCCUCCUGCUUUUUGUACAGUUUUGAAGCACUUGCAAGUAAUUGGGAGAAAUGGAGGGGAAGACACUCUUGCUCAUUGGCCCAUUGCUUCAGGAAUGAACAUUGAGGAAUGUACCUGUGAAAUUUUGAAAUAUUUAGACAAAAUUUGGGGUUCACUUUCUUCCUCAGAUGUGGCAGAGCUACGCAAAGUGGCAUUUCUUCCUGUUGCAAAUGGAACGCGCCUUGUGACUGCUGAUGCUCUUUUUGCUCGUCUGAUGAUAAAUUUGUCUCCAUUUGCUUUUGAGCUUCCUACUGCAUAUCUCCCAUUUGUAAAGAUUCUUAAAGAUUUGGGACUCCAGGACAUGUUAACACUCUCUGCUGCAAAGGGUCUUCUAUUACAUCUUCAGAAAGCUUGUGGAUAUCAGCGACUAAACCCCAAUGAGCUCCGUGCAGUGAUGGAAAUUUUGAAUUUCAUCUGUGAUCAAAUUGUUGAGGGGAACACAUUGAAUGGGUCAAACUGGAAAUCAGAAGCCAUAGUUCCAGAUGAUGGCUGCAGACUUGUUCAUUCAGGAUCCUGUGUCUAUGUGGAUUCUUAUGGUUCUCGAUAUGUAAAAUGUAUUGAUACUUCCAGGAUUAGAUUUGUUCAUGCAGAUCUUCCUGAGAGAGUAUGUAUCAUGCUCGGCAUCAAAAAAUUGUCUGAUAUUGUCGUAGAGGAACUAGAUGAGGAUCACGCACUACAGACUUUGGGUUCUCUGGGGUCUGUUUUCCUGGUGACCCUCAAACAGAAGUUAUCGAGCAAGUCUCUUCAAACUGCUGUCUGGACCAUUGUUAAAAGCAUGGGCAGUUACAUUCCUGCAUUCAAUAGUUUUUCAUUAGAUACAAUAGAAUGCAUAUUGAACUCUACUGCGGAAAAGAUGCAAUUUGUUAAGUGUCUUAAAACAAAAUUUCUGCUAUUGCCCAAUUUUGUAGAUGUUACACGUGCAGGCAAAGAUUUUAGCAUCCCUGGGUGGAAGAAUGAUUCUGCACAUCAAACUCUUUAUUUUUUGAACCAAUCAAGAUCCUGUAUUCUAGUUGCUGAACCACCAACUUAUAUUUCUCUUUUUGAUCUCAUUGCCAUUAUAGUCAGUCAGGUAUUAGGCUCUCCAAUCAUAUUGCCUGUUGGGCCCUUAUUUGGUUGUCCUGAAGGAUCUGAGAUUGCUGUUGUUAAUGUUUUAAAACUCUGCUCUGAUAAGAAAGAAGUUGAACCUAUAAAUGGGAGUAGCAAUAUGGUUGGCAAGGAAAUAUUGCCACAGGAUGCACGUCUUGUGCAGUUCCAUCCACUCAGGCCCUUUUAUUCUGGUGAAAUAGUAGCUUGGCGGUCUCAACAAGGUGAAAAGCUGAAGUAUGGUAGGGUUUGGGAAGAUGUUAGACCAUCUGCAGGUCAAGCUCUGUACAGAAUUAAAAUUGAAGUUGCGCAGGGGGAUACACAAUUUUUCCUUUCAUCACAAGUAUUUUCAUUUAAGAGUGUAUCAGCUAGUAGUCCUCUAAAAGAAACACUGGUGCAUGAUAGCCCUUUAUUGAGUAGUAACAUGCCCAGUGUUGAUUUCCCAGAGAGCUCCUCAGGAAGGGGAGAAAGUUAUUCUCAGGUUUAUCCCUUGGAACUUUUCACUAAUUACUAGUAUCAUGUAUCGUAAAUUUGCAUUUAUUACAGGCAUUGCAAUUUGUGAUCCAUCAUCCUAUGCUUUCCAUUAAUGCAUGAAUAAUGUGUCAGCAAAUGAGAGAUAUUUUUGGAGCUUUUAAGGUUGGGAUGAAAUCAAAAGCUUGAAAUUAAGAAACUUUUUUUGUUUAGUUUGUGGCUUAUUCUCAAUGCUAUCUACCUUUAACUGUCACAUAUCUUGUUACCAUUUAAAAAUAAGCAUUCUGUUAGGUUUUUUGGUGACAAGAAACCUAAGCUCUAUUUCAGUUUAAGAAAAACAACACAGAUUUAACA